AUGUUCACGGUGCUGACCCGCCAACCUUGUGAGCAAGCAGGCCUCAAGGUCCUCUCCCGAACUCCAGCCAUCAUCGCCUUGGUGGUCUUGUUUUUGAGCAUUGUGGUGUUUAUGGCUAUCACACUCAUCCAGACACACCAGAAAGAGGUCCUCUUUCCAGGACCAAAGUAUGGAAUUGUACUUGAUGCCGGGUCUUCCAGAACCACAAUCUACGUGUAUCAAUGGCCAGCAGAGAAGGCGAAUAAUACUGGAGUGGUCAGUCAAACCUUCAAAUGCAACGUGAAAGGCUCUGGGAUCUCCAACUAUGCGGAAAACCCCCAAGAUGCCCCCAAAGCCUUUGAGGAUUGCAUGCAAAAAGUCAAGGGGCACAUUCCAGUCCAUCUCCAAGGGUCCACCUGUGUUUACCUGGGGGCCACAGCUGGGAUGCGAUUACUGAGGUUGCAAAACGAAACAGCAGCUAAUGAAGUCCUUGAGAGCAUUGAAAACUACUUCGAGUCUCAGCCCUUUGAUUUUAGGGAUGCUCAAAUCAUUUCUGGGCAAGAGGAAGGGAUAUAUGGAUGGAUUACAGCCAACUAUUUAAUGGGAAAUUUCCUGGAGAAGAGCCUGUGGCAUAUGUGGGUGCAUCCGAGUGGAAAGGAGACCACAGGUGCCCUGGAUUUGGGUGGUGCCUCCACCCAGAUAUCCUUCGCGGCAGAAGAGGUGGGGCUGAACACCAGCGACAUCAUGAAGGUGACCUUGUAUGGCUAUGAAUACACGCUCUACACACACAGCUUCCAGUGCUAUGGCCAAAACGAGGCUGAGAAGAGGUUUCUGGCAACCCUCAUUCAGGAUUAUACCACUGAAACCACGUUCACCAACCCUUGUUACCCUCAGAAUUACACCACCACCUUCACUGAGGCACAGGUGUUUGGCAGCCUGUGUACAGAGGACCUGAGACCUGAAAGAUAUAAUCCCAACAACAUCAUCACUUUUGAAGGAACUGGGGACCCAUCACUGUGUAGGGAAAAGGUGGCUUUCCUAUUUAACUUCAGCGCUUGCCGUGAUCACGAAGCUUGUUCCUUUGAUGGGGUGUAUCAGCCAAGAGUUAAAGGGUCAUUUGUGGCUUUUGCAGGAUUCUACUACACAGCCAAUGCUUUCAACCUUUCGGGUAGCUUUUCUCUGCACACCUUCAACUUGAGCACCUGGAAUUUCUGCUCAAAGAAUUGGAAUCAGCUCCCACUGCUGCUGCCCCGGUUUGAUGAGCAGUAUGCACGCUCCUACUGCUUCUCGGCCCACUAUAUCUACCAUUUGCUUGUAAGUGGAUACAAAUUCACCGAGGAGAGCUGGCCCCAAAUACAUUUUAAAAAGGAAGUGGGGAAUAGCAGCAUAGCCUGGUCUCUCGGCUACAUGCUCAGCCUGACCAACCAGAUCCCAGCCGAAAGCCCCCUCAUCCGCCUGCCCAUCGAGCCAUCUGCCUUCGUGGGCACCCUCGCCUUCUUUGCAGCAGUGGCCUUGCUGUGUCUGACGUAUCUCGUGUACUUGUGUGUGUUGUCCAGGAAUCAGAGGCGCUCCCAGCAUGCCUUGGACAACAUGGUAGACUCUGAGUGA